AUGAGUAAGAUGCAAAAUUAUGCAGUGGAUGUGACUCUGGACCCUGACACAGCCAACCCUGAGCUCAUCCUGUCUGAGGACAGGAAAGAAGUUAGGCACGGAGACAGAGAGCAGGUGCUCCCCGACAGACCAGAGAGGUUUAAUCCAGCCCCCAAUGUGCUGGGAAAGGAGGGGUUCUCCUCAGGGAGAGCUUACUGGGAGGUGCAUGUGGGCGGGAAGACAGAGUGGGAUCUGGGCGUGGCCAGAGAGUCCGUCAGCAGGAAGGGGAGGAUAACUCUGUGCCCAGAGAAUGGAUGCUGGACCAUAUGGCUGAGGAACGGGAGGAAGUACACUGCCAACGAAAGCGCACCUGUCCCCCUCAUCUUGAGAGUGAAGCCCCAGAAGGUGGGGGUGUUUGUGGAUUACGAGAAGGGUGAGGUCUCUUUUUAUGAUGUGGAGACCAGGUCUCAUAUCUACUCCUUCACUGGAUACACCUUCCGUGAAAAACUCUAUCCAUUCUUCAGCCCCUGUGGGAACAAUGGGGGUGCAAAUUCAGCCCCGCUGAUCAUCACACCCUUAGUGGGUGAAAAUUCAGGCAGAUGAAAUGGGCUCUGAACACUUACACAUA